UCACGUGUGUAAACGUCCGAAAUGGGAUUCAAUCAGCUACAGGACUAGCUAAAGAUUAAACAAAAUCAUCUCUGCACGGAUACAUUUUUGAGUGAUUUAUUUGUUUUUAACCAAGCACAUUGUUUAAAAAAUAGUUACAUAUUUCGUACGCAGUUCCCAUGGCAACUCCCUUGCCCCCAAAGGGCCCUGGUCUCACCAACAUGCCCCCCCAGCAGCAGGUCCAUGGCCACCCUGGUCCAGGCCCUGCUCAGCCUCCAAUCCCCCCUCAGGGGGCCCUCCGGGAGAUCUCCCCCGUCUUUCUCUGUCGCAUCGGCCAGGAGACUGUGCAGGACAUAGUCACGCGAACCAUGGAGAUCUUUCAGAUCACACGUGCAACCCAGUUGCCCAACGGGGUGACGCAGAGCCAGGCGGUGUACCAGGACCGCUUCGGAAAACUGCAGGAGCACCUGCGGCAGCUGGCCCUGCUGUUCCGCAAGCUGCGCCUCCUGUACGAGCGCUGUGUGGAGAUGACGUGCGGUCUGCAGGAGGGGCCCACUCAGUUGGUGCCCUACAUUGGAGAGGGAGCGCCUCCAGUCCGAGUGGAGCCCUGCAGCUUGGCUGUGAGUCAGGAGAGGCAGGAGGUUCUGGAGAAAGUAAGGGAGAAGAACCAGGAGAUGAAAAUUCUAAUGGACCAGAUGCGGAACCUUCUGUGGGAUGUCAAUGCUAUGCUGACCCUAAGGAAGUGAUCUAAACAUGCAUGUACACACACCUGCAUGAAUACAAACACACACACACACACACACACACACACGUGCACAUGCACAUACACAUACUCAGAGCGAAUAUGUUUGCAAACCAUAUUGCACAACAGGACACACGGUUAAAGGAAAACGGCAACAUUUUUGGAAAUAUACCUUUUUUCCAGACUUGCCCAGACUUAAAUUAAAUGUUCAAUUUCAUUUUCAUUUUUGUGCAUUCACUGGCUCAAUUUCCUUGUUAGCAUAACGUGUUAGCUUAGCACGAAGACUUGAAGCCUAUAAGAGGCCGUAGCCUACCUCCUUCAAAGUGAAGAAAUACAACUAGCAACUUACAGCACCAUGUGUACUGUAUUUGAAACGCACUGUGUUAAACAGUUAGACAGUUGGAACUAUAACCACUGAACACGCAUGUAUCCUCUUCCAUCUUCCGCUGGUUGAGCGCAGUAAUCCGCACACCUUCUGAAGGUAGUAUUAAAAGGUAGAACUUCUCUGAAAACAACGUCUCUUGUUUUUACCUUUUUUUUUUUCAAAUGAUGCAUUGUAUUUCAAAUACAGUACGCAUGAUACCUUGUAUUAAUAAGACAACUUUGGAGUUGCUGUCAGGUGUAUUUCUUCACUUUGAAGGCUACGGACUAUGGCUUCAAGUCUUUAUGCUAAGUGAAAGUGUUGUGCUGACAGCCAAUAAAAUUAAAUCGAACAUGUCGUCUAAGUCUGGGUAAGUCGGAAAAAAAGGUAUAUUUCUCAAAAAGUGUUUUCCUUUAUGGGACUCUGUCCACAGUGGGCACAAAUUGGGUUUGAGUUCUGAGCCUGAAACAUUGGAUGAAUCCUCAGGUAUUCCCACCUGCUUUGCCUCAAGGUGCUCAGUCAUUUUGUAUUCAAUGGGCUUGUUUGUAUUUUUUUAUGUUUUAUUUUUUUACACUUUGUGCAUCUUUGAUCUCUUGCUAAUGUGAUGGUGUGUGUGUUGUUAUUUAAAAGUUCAGACAUAUUCGCCCUCGGGUAGAUGCUUUUGUGGAGGAAUUCCUAUAUUUCCCAGUAAAUAAUACUGGUAAAUAGGAGUUUGGCUUCCAAUACUAAAAUUCUGCCCUCCGGCACCGAUACCGGAUUAGCUCAGCCAACCAAUGGAACCUCUGAAUUUUGUCCAAAAAAAGAUCCAACUGACUGAUGGUGGUCAGGGCAUGGAGGCAGCACUUCGUGCUCAAAAGAGCUUUUUGUGCAGAAACAAAAAUCCUGUGCAGCGAUAAAUUCAGCCUCGCCCUUGCCACCAUGUAGAACCAGAGGGUGAAUAAAACUUCCAACAGACUUCAACACCUCGGCAGCUAUGUUCUCAGGUGUGCUCACCCUGCUCAGAACCGAAGCAAAACUGACCAUGUGAUAUCUCUA